AUAGAGGGGAAGGAGAGCCGAGGACUCUUAGUUCUGCUGGCAGCUGGAUCCAUCUCUGACAGGAGCCCCAGGAAUUGGUGCCGAACACCAUGCCUGCGAUAGUCCCCAAGAGCAAAGCCCCGGGGGCUGAUUUCUGUGGAGUGAACAAAUAUUACUACGUCGUCCGCUCAGACCUGGGCUGCUACAUGAGGUCGACCAGUUUCAAAGAAGGAAAAGAUCUGAACGUGUAUAGUCUGCACCCCUCCUGCCAGGGUGGGGAGCACUAUCUCGCCCACCAGGAUGACCUCUUCUACAUCAUCAAAGGAGGGGCUUAUCGCCGUGUGUCCAACAUGAACAUGGACGCGGAAGCCAUAGUCUACAAUCUCCACCCCAGUUGCCAGGGAGGAGACCAUUAUCUCUCAGCCUUUGGGUACUUCUACAUCAUCUUCCAGAGCAAGGGCGUCUACCGCAGGGUCACUAACAUGAACACCAAUUCUGAUGCUGUCGAAUACAGCCUUCACCCAUCCUGCAGAGAUGGCCUCUAUUACUGGGGCAUCAAGGACUAUUAUUAUUUCGUCAAGCCCCAUGACAAAUGGGGGAUCCAGUAUUACCGAACCACCAAUUUCCACGAGAACACAGAUGCCGUAACCUAUUCCUUCCACCCUGAUGUGAUCAACUUCCUCCCUGGUGGGCUGGCUAUCACCCAGGGUUCAGCUUUUGGCACCUGGGAAGCCAUCAAGACCAUCUCCAAUGAUUCCAACACGCCCAUCACCUGGAACAAGAAGAUCACUAGGAAGGUGGGCUAUGCCAAGGAGAAGAUGAGCAGCAUAGAGCACAACUGGAGUGUGAGCAUCUCAGCAUCAUACCAGUCAGGAGCCCUCACCGAAGCCAUUGCCAAGUACCAGUUCUCCCUCACAGCUCAAUAUGGUGGGAAAAGCGUCAACACGGAGCAGGAAAACUGGAGCGAGGCCACUGAUGUGGAAGAGUCUGUCAGUCUGACCCUGCAGCCGAAAGAGAAGAUCUACAUAUGGCAGUACCAGCUGGGCCUGGGCAACAAAAGCAUCUUGUUCUGCCGUGACAUGAGAUUCAACGACAAUCCAAAGCCACCUACUGAAGUCCCCCUGCCACCUUCUAACCAGUGAUCUGAAAUGGGGAGCCCCCAGGAAUAAGGGCCCGCUCGUUGCCUUGCGGUGUUGCUAAGUAUUGGGGUUGUGGGGGUAUAUUUAGGGUUAGUAUUUUACACAGUCAUACGGGCUUUGCAGUGCAGGGCAGUUAGUGAGGUCCAGUCUGCCCUUAGGAAUAGCAGCUAGGAUUAAGAUACAGAGACACAACUCUAUGAUCUACCAUAAUGAUUGUACCGUGGGCUUCCAGAAAACCGGUUGCCAAGGGGUUUGCAGCUAACAUGGCUGGAAAAGCAUUUCCUGAGCCAGUAUAGACAAAGCAUUAUUUCACUCUUUGACUAGUAGGAUCAAUGUUGCAGCGUUCCCACCCAGCUGAGCCAUGCUGAGCACAUACUAUUACUCCUAGGGGGAUUCUGCACCAAUGUCAGGGUUCCUUCCCCACUCUGAACUCUGGGGUACAGAUGUGGGGACCCGCAUGAAAGCCCCCUAAGCUUAUUUCUACCCGCUUAGGUUAAAACCUGGUACGCUGCCACCACCAAGUGAUUUAACAAGAAACAGAGGAAGGACCACUUGGAGUUCCUCUUCCCCCAAAAGAUCCCCCCAAGCCCUUACACCCCCUUUCCUGGGGAGGCUUGAGAAUAAUAUCCUAACCAAUUGGUUACAAAGUGAUCAAGUUUUAACCUAAGCUGGUAGAAAUAAGCUUAGGGGGCUUUCAUGAGGGUCCCCACAUCUGUACCCUGGAGUUCAGAGUGGGGAAGGAACCCUGACAUGGUGGCAGAGCGGUCAGAUCAGUUUUGAACAAAAAGCACAGCAGGAUUUUAAAAGGACAAAAUUUUCUUGUUAGAGGGUUUUUUUCUCUGCCUGAAGGCAGAGGGGUCAAGUUACAGUAGCAAAGGAAUUCACAAGCUGGGUUGGUUUUUUUCCUUCUAACUCUCAGGUAUAGCCAGGUUAAACACAGAAAGGCUAGGAUGACAGGCAGCGAUGUCCAGAAAAAACAUGGAUUUAGCCAGACUGGAAGCACAAGAGAAAGAAAAGGAACAUAAUAGACUGAUUGGAUUAAAACAACUUCAGAAAGAAGCUGCUGAAAGAGAAGAAAAAGCCAAAGAGGCUGCCCACAGGAGAGCUAUGGAGGCAAAAGAAAAAGAAAUGAAGGCAAGAAAGCAUGCACUGGAGACAGAGAUGGCAAGGGCUAAGCAGAAUAUACCAGGCAACCCUGGCAAUCCUCCUCCAUUUACUGCUUCCCAUACCAGUAAGUUUCCCACCUCCAAGGCAAGCAGCGAUACCGAGGCCGCCUUGGGUACAGCAUCUCUACCGACCAGUACAUGGUAGACCUGAGGCCGCAGCUCAGUGGACUCUUAGCAGAGGUGAUGGCCGAAAUGCCUAGGGGACACAUGAACAGUUGUGAACUUCUUAAAAACAAGGCCAGAAUCAGAAUGGGACUAACACCCGAGCAUGCCCGUCGGUGGUUCAGAGCCCUAAGGUGGAAACCAAACGUGUCAUUUACCCGACAUGCCUUCUACAUUGUGAAAAAUUGGGAUGCCUGGUGUCAUAGUAUAAUUCCCCACUCUGAACCUUAGCGUCCAAAAGAUGGGGUACCAGCAUGAAUUCCUCUAAGCUCAGUUACCAGCUUAGAACCUGUAGUGCUGCCACCAACCAGGAAUUCCAGUGCCAGGUACACUCUGGUCCCCCCAAAACCUUGCCCGGGGACCCCCAAGACCCAGACCCUCUGGAUCUUAACACAAGGAAAGUAAACCCUUUCCCUCACCGUUGCCUCUCCCAGGCUUCCCCUCCCUGGGUUACCCUGGAAGAUCACUGUGAUUCAAACUCCUUGAAUCUUAAAACAGAGAGGAAAAUGCACCUUCCCCCCUCCUUCUCUCUUCCCCUCCCAGAUUCUCCCUGAGAGAGACAGUAAUCCUAACACAGAGAGAAAUUAGCCUCUCUCUCCCCCUUCCCUCCUUUCUCCCCACCAAUUCCCUGGUGAAUCCAGACCCCGUCCCCUGGGGUCUCACACCAGAAUAAGAAAACCAAUCAGGUUCUUAAACAAGAAACUUUUAAUUAAAGAGAGAAAAACAGUAAAAAUUAUCUUUGUAAAUUUAAA